AUGGAUACAUCAAACUCUUGGUUUGAUAUCUCGAAGGCGCAAAGCCUAAAUUUUGAUUUGCAAGCUAGCUCCUGUUCCUCCAAAGCUAGAGGCGACGAAUAUUCAAAUUAUGCUAUAGAAGAUGACUAUAAAACACUGGCGACGGAUGACUUGGGAAACAUAUUGAACCUAAACUAUGGUGAAACUAACGAAGUGAUAGUCAAUGAAAUGAAAGACUUAAACCUUCCGCUGGGACCGCUUUCUGAUGAGAGAGCUGUCAAGGGCUCUGCUUUUUCUGAAUUAAUAACAAACGAUUGGCAAGGUAUGAACUUUAGCUUAGAUAAUAAUGGAAGAGACGCUGUUGUAAACUCGAUCAGUCUAUUGAAUAAAAAUAGAUCAAAUCAAGACCUUAGUAUGGCUGUUGUACAAAAUACAGUGGGCGAAGUUCCCCAAGACCGGAAGAACAUUACCACAUCAGAUAAUUUAUUAGAAAGCAUGAAAAAGAGUGCAAUAGAUAGGGGUUUUGAUAGAAACCUCGGCGAAUUACUAUUACAACAACAGCAAGAAUUACGUGAGGAGUUGAGGGCACAACAAGAAGCUAAUAAGAAGCUAGAGUUAGAGCUAAAAGAAACUCAAUACAAGCAACAACAAUUACAAGCAACUUUGGAGAGCGCUGAUGGUCAACAAUUUCGAUCCCCUAAAGCAAACAUCGCUCUUCCCUCCGAAAACGUAGAAAAUGUAUACAUAAACAGUCUCUCACCAAUGAUUUCCCCGCCAAUGUCGAACACUUCAUUUACAGGCUCACCCUCUAGGAGAAAUAAUAGACCCAAGUAUUCCUUGGGAAAAAAGAAUUCUACUGGUACGGCUGGACCAUUAUGUUUCCAAGAAUUGAAUGAAGAUUCUAACGAAUUAUUUAUCUCGCCAAAAAAAUCCCGUCCAAAUGCAAAAGAAUACUUGGAUUCGAAAUCCAAAUUUAUUGCUCCUUUUACUCCUAAAAGUAGAGUUAGUUCUGCUACUUCCAACUCCACUAACAUUACUCCUAAUAACUUGAGAUUGGAUUUCAAGAUUAAGGCCGAAGAACAGGAUGAUGAAUAUUCUGAAAAACCUUUGGGACUUGGUAUUGAACUUCUUGGUAAAACAGGUCCUUCUCCUACAAAAACAAUGCCACCAAAGGCUGCUCCUGUGGAUAUUAUGCCCACAAUUCCAGGGUCUGUGAAUAACACACCAUUAGCCAAUAAAGUGGCUAUAUCCUCCAGUUAUAUAGAUCAAUUUACGCCAAGAGGGAAACAGUUACAUUUUAACUCCAUCAUUGAGAAUUCAUUGGGUAUUACUGCUACGACACCGCACCUAAAACCACCAAGCCAGCAGACAGGGCAUUGCGAGGGUGUUUUUAAUGAUUUAGAUCCCAAUUUACUCAUGAAAAAUACAGAUAAUGAAGGUAAUAAUGAGGAAAAUGAGCCCGAAAGCAGAUUUGUUAUUUCUGAAGCACCUUCUCCGAUUCUAAAAUCGCAAAAUAGGUAUGAAGGAAGAUCGCCCCAAGUUGGUACUCAUGUUAGGGAAUGUGACACAAAUAUUGCAAAUAGUCCCUCAAAAAUAACCAGAAAACUUACAACACUACCCAGGGGCUCGAUUGAUCGAUAUGUAAAAGAAAUGCCUGAUAAAACUUUUGAAUGUUUGUAUCCAGAAUGUACAAAAACAUUCAAGAGAAGAUACAACAUCAGGUCACAUAUUCAAACGCAUUUGGAAGACCGGCCUUACUCCUGUGAUCACCCGGGAUGUAACAAAGCAUUUGUACGGAAUCAUGACUUGAUAAGGCACAAAAAAUCGCAUCAAGAAAAAGCAUAUGCUUGUCCCUGUGGUAAGAAAUUCAACAGAGAAGAUGCUUUGGUUGUGCACAGGAGCAGAAUGAUUUGCAGUGGUGGUAAAAAGUACGAAAACGUAGUGAUCAAAAGGUCUCCGAGAAAAAGAGGAAGACCAAGAAAGGACGGAUCUUCUAGUGUUUCUAGUAGUCCAAUUAAAGAAAACCUUAACAGGGAUCACAAUGGACAAUUAAUGUUCAAACUUGAAGACCAACUUAGAAGAGAGCGUAGUUACGAUGGGAUGGGAACGGGAAUUAUGAUUUCGCCAAUGAAGAUUAAUCAAAGGUAA